GGUACCGCCUCUGGGCCUCAGCCUCUGUCAUUCCCGAGCGGAUUGUUUGUUGUCAAAAUGGAUUUCUUACUUGGCAAUCCUUAUAGCACUCCCGUUGGCCAAUGUAUAGAGAGGGCCACAGAUGGAGGUCUACAGAAUGAGGACUGGACUCUCAACAUGGAAAUCUGUGAUAUUAUAAAUGAGACAGAUGAAGGGCCAAAAGAUGCCAUGCGGGCACUGAAGAAGAGACUCAGUGGCAACAAGAACUACAGAGAGGUGAUGUUAGCGCUAACGGUAUUGGAGACAUGUGUGAAGAACUGCGGUCACAGAUUUCACGUCCAAGUGGCAAACAGAGAUUUCAUUGAUGGUGUUUUGGUCAAAAUUAUUUCGCCCAAAACCAAUCCCCCAACCAUUGUUCAAGACAAAGUGUUGUCACUGAUACAGGCCUGGGCUGAUGCCUUUAGGAGUAGCCCUGAUCUAACUGGGGUGGUUCAUAUUUACGAGGAACUGAAGAGGAAAGGCAUUGAGUUCCCUAUGGCAGACCUAGAUGCACUGUCUCCGAUCCACACACCACAGAGGGGUACACCAGAAGUAGACCCAGCCAUGCUUAAAUACCUAGCUCCUGUGCCACCUGCUGCUGGUCCUCCAAAACCUGCUCCAGCUCCUGCCUCAGCCACACAGGUCCCAAACAUAACCAGUGUACCAGGACCCAUCACAGCAACCCCUGAACAGAUCGCCCGUCUACGCAGUGAGCUGGAUAUAGUGAGAGGAAACAUCAAGGUCAUGUCAGAGAUGCUAACAGAGAUGGUCCCAAGCCAGGAAGAUGCCUCAGACUUAGAACUGCUACAGGAGCUGAACAGGACAUGCAGGGCUAUGCAGCAGAGAGUGGUUGAGCUGAUUUCGCGUGUCUCUAAUGAGGAAGUGACUGAGGAGCUGCUACAUGUCAAUGAUGACCUCAAUAAUAUAUUCCUUCGUUAUGAGAGGUAUGAAAGGUACAGAUCGGGUAGAGCCACACAGAACAAUGGGCUGACGGAGAUGUUGAAUGAAGCCACAGAGGACAACCUGAUAGACCUGGGUCCAGGCUCUCCUGCUGUAGUGACCCCCAGGAUCACCUCCAGCCCUCCACCUCUGUCCACUGCAGGGGCCACUGCCUCCCCGGCUCAUAACCCCACUGCAGCUUCUCUAUCCUCUGCACUAUCUGGUCUUGAUGUUGGUGCCGACAGUGUAAGUGGAACCCUGUCAUCCCUAUCAGGCCAAAACCAAGAUGACUUUGACAUGUUUGCCCAGACCAGGAGUAGCUCUCUGGCUGAGCAACGCAGGAAUGUAAAGUAUGAAGACCCUCAGGCUUUGGGCAGCCUGGCCUCGGCUUUGGAUGUAAGACAGCACAACACAGGAGGGCUGAGGGUAAAAGGGGAUGAUAACCCAGCAGAUCAGGAGCUGCCCAUAGACAGCUGGCUUAUUACCCAAGGAAUGAUCCCUGUAUCGCAGUCCUCUGUCAUGGAUGACAUAGAGGAGUGGCUCUGUACUGAUGUGAAAGGUGAUGCGGCCGAGGAGGGGGUGACCAGUGAAGAGUUUGAUAAAUUCCUGGAGGAACGAGCGAAGGCGACCGACUCAUUGCCGUCCCCGCCCAGAGCGAACCCCUCUCACCCCUCUCACCCCGCCCGUGCUCCCAGUGGAUCCCACAAGAAGGCUGAACGGACAGAAGAUGCCCUCUUUGCCUUGUAGACUGUUCUCGGAGAACCUCAAUCUCUCUCAGAGGGCAUUUAAAGGUCCUUGCCCCUUAAUAAUUCCCCUCCAAAGCAGUUGUUCCAGUCCCAUUUCAUCGCUGACUGGCAUUGAUAUAGCAAGUGAUCUCCACCUAUUGUCAUUCACAGUAUUGCUCUAACAUACAGAGGUCCAACAUGUUUACUGUGCACUACUGUGUAGCAUUUUACUCUAUAUGGAUGUAUUAAUCUGUUAAUGUGGGAUGUACUUGCCGACUGGCAUCUCAUUUGUAAUGUUUGGCUAAAGGAAGAUGGCAUAAUUUUUUUUUGACAUGGUGAAGUAAUAAUAUAUUACUGCUAAGGGAGGGAAAUUAAGGGAGAAUUUCACUGCAGAUCCAAGAAUAGAUGGUAUGGAAGCAUACAAUUAGGAUUUAAUUGUCUUGUUUUAUUACACUCAGCUAAUUGCUAAUGUAUGCAUAUAUUGUUUAAAUAAUUUGCUCUGUACUGUACCAGCACUGUAGUUAUGGUCAGUUUAUGCAAAUUAUUAUUUUUUUUCUACAAAUAUUUCAGUUAAGAUUUUUAGUCAUGCUUUAAUACUGACGUAUGUGUGGAAUGCAACAUGUUUUGUGACUGAAUUUUUCUGCAGUGGUGUAAAGAGAGAUAAUGUUAGCAGGCUAACUUUGCUAACUAGGAAAAUAACAGCUAAGUUAUAGCUAGCUUUGAGAAACUAUGUAUGCCAGCAUUCCUUUUACCAAAGGGAAUAGAAAACAAACGAAAAAAAAAGUCUGAAAGGCACUACUUAGCAUUCCCAGUUACAUAUUUCAAAUGGCUAAGGGGAAGGAAUGUGCACAUGGACAUGUUUCCAUAAGUCUUUUCAGUCCUCUGAAAACUCUUCAACAAUUUAAUUGAAAGAAUUAUGCAUUUAAAAUGUGUGCACUCCAAAGAAACUUGAAGCUUUAAAGACAAACAAGCACUUCACUUUACCUGUUGAACAAGAGUCACAUUAAUGUGUUUAGGUAUCAUGAACAUUUUCCUUCCCCUGCUUAAUGUCUGUGCACUUUGAAGCAAAAACAAAUCUGUAUUUUGUCCUUUGUGUUUACAAGAUGGUUACUAUUUUUCUAGGGGAUGGGAAAUGGACUUUAGUUUGACUUCAUUUUGCACAUAAUUUUUCUAACUUUACAAUUCCGGUGUUCGCUCACUAUAUAAAACACACUCAUAAAGGUGGAUGAAUGGACCUUCACAACUUGUGAUAAAAAAAUUUUCAGGACUAACAGAAAUGAAAAAACAAUGUUGAAAAAAAUUAUAAGGCAUUUGAAUUAGUAGUGUAACUUAGUGCAACAUAAUCAA